UGCACUCGCAUUUAACCCCUUAUCAUUUGCGGUAGGAUAAUGUUAAUGGUGAAUGUGUUUACGAUACUUUGAUUGGGCUUUGUGGUGGAACUGUUAACGAGCAUAGCGUUCUCGAAUCUUCCUCGCCAUGAAAAGUGUCGACGAGACGUUUCCAAUGACUCGGGAGGAAUUGGGUGAUAAUGAAUAAACAAGGUCGUCGUCAUGAAAACAGCUUUCUCCGAGAAUUCCGUCGAAGAUUAGUCGCGUCAACGAUCAAUUAUAGACGAUUGGGUGAUAUAACGAACUAUUUAAGUAACGUCUCUCGAUAAUCAAGAUCUCAAAGGGGUAUCGCCAACGCGACCGAACAAUUGUCGGCCGGACCUUGUCAUUCAUAUCGAUCGUCGCUAUUGCUCAUCUGAUUACACGUGCGCCCACGAAACCGUUACGGACAGCACGUUCGGCGCGUAUAGGUUAUGUUCGCGACUCUGCUCUCGGUGAGAAGAACGGAGCGACCUUACGACAGCAGCCGACUAUCGUACGUGGAUCUCGAUGAUUAUUCGUCACGUUUGCAUCACGUUUCGCACGAUCUUUGUCUCGAGCUGGGUCCUCCGCUCACUUGACUUCGGCUAUACAAUACCAGUAAUUUCGUAACAGCGCGAUAAAACGAUCGUUCCUCUUACCAUCGUCGAGCCGAAGCAUAAUUAUCACGCGUGCGAUACGAUCGAAGGGUACCAACGUCCUCAGGAGAAGCGCAAUAUGCUGACUCAACGAUUGAGUAACCGGAGGUUGCUGGUCGACUUCCUGGCGCUGAUGUUCGGUUUGGGCGCCUGGAUCGGCGUGAACGGAGUCUACGUGCAACUACCUCUCAUAGUGCACACCGCCCCGGAAGGAUGGACUCUACCUGCUCACAUGGUGAUGCUGGUGCAAAUAGCGAAUUUGGGACCGAUACUGUACACCCUGUACAUAAAGUACUCGGCUUGGGUGUGCGACCGAUACAUCAUCUAUGCGCUCUUGGCCGCCGCGUCGUGCUCCACCGUUAUCCUGAGUUUUCUCCACGGUAAAACUUCGGUGAUUUUCGGUAACGAGCACUCGACCGCCCUGCUGUCGCUGAUGUUCGUGACGGCCCUCGUCGGCUGCACGAGUUCCGUGCUCUUCAUGCCGUACAUGAGGAACUACCGUGAGAUUUACCUGGUGUCUUACCUGGUCGGUGAAGGACUGAGCGGAUUCGUGCCGAGCGCGGUCGCGCUGAUCCAAGGGGUGGGCCAGCACAAUCCACAGUGUGUAAACGUCACCGAGCCGGGCUCGGAUCACCUGAAGUUCGUGGCCACUUCGUCCGACCCGAGAUUCUCCUCCCUGAUAUUCUUCGUCUUCAUCGGCACUCUCCUGUGCCUGAGCUUCCUCUCGUUCCUGGGCCUGAACGUCCUGCCGGUCGCGAUCGGGGAGAGGGUCAAGCUUCCGUGCAGUAUGGAAGCCCUGCCGACUGACACGACGGCACCGCCGAGUUACAAGACCAAUUCUGGCUGGAAGAUGCCGAGGAACGUGUAUUAUUACUUGCUGGUCAUGAUGGCUGUGGUCUGCUUCCUCGGGAACGGCACUUUACCGAGCAUACAGUCGUACUCGUGUCUACCAUAUGGCAGCGUCGCGUACCAUCUGACGGUGACGCUCGCCGCCAUAGCCGGCCCGUUGGCCAUGAGUCUGGGUUUCUUCAUAAACACACCGGCGGUCAAGCUGCUCAACGUUCUCAUGGCGAUUGUCCUCGUCCUGUCCGGCAUUAUCUGUUAUCUGGCCGCGAAGUCGCCUCAUCCUCCCUUACAGAACACAUGGCAGGGUGAACUACUAGUGGUCGUUCUGUGGAUAGUGGUAUGCGGUCUGAUAGGAUUCGUCAAGAUGGGCAUCACGACACUGUACAGGCCCGAUCCUGGCCGGGGCCUCUAUUACACCGGCGUCGCCACACAAAUCGGAUCGUUGAUAGGCGCGAUCACCACGUUCGUUUUAGUCAAUCACGCGAAGGUAUUCAAAUCUUACUCCCCUUGCGACUAUCUCACGGCAGAUUAACGUAUCUCGUAUUUAGCCGUAGUCACUUAUUUGCAUUGAUAACGUCGCGAGGAAAGACCGUUCCGCGACAAGUCCGAGACAUUAAACUGUUUGAUAAUACGUUCUAGUUUCUAUUAUCAAAGCUUCGUCUCGCACAGAGAUGAAGCGUGUCGCUAUGUGGUUUUUAUCUGAUUUUUAGAAAUAUGGAAAAAAAAAACAUUACUAACUGUACUCUAGGUCGCUCAUUUGUUUGUUUAUUAGGCAAAUGGGGAGCAAUUUAUUAUUCCUUUUACUCACGUUUUAUGUUAGCACACAAUCUCGUCAUUGUUUAUAUAAACGAAUGGCCGUAAUUGUACUUGCAUAUACCGUCGACAAGAUGCAUACCGCACAUCGCAUAUGCAGUGCGAGUGUGACUUAUGAACUCAAUUUAGGGAUUAACUGCAAUAUCAUUAUGGCGGAUUAAAGGCACACGGAUGCAGUGGUGCAUUUUCAACAUUGCAACAUCGCGUUAUGCAGAUUCAAGCACAUUGGAUCCAAAGCGUCGAUACACCCAACAAUCUGACGACAAUAGAUCAGACUGACAAUUAACGCAAGCACGGUCUGCCGUGAUGCUUAUGCGGAUAAUUGUCUAUGUUAAACGUAACAUUCGAAUAACUUACGUGCAGCCUUCCGUUUGCGGCCUAGUUCGAGUGAGUUCGAAUGAGAGUGCAAGAUAUCUUCUUUCAUGAUCAAUGCGCAAAUUCCAUAAUUUUAUCUGAUAAAUUUUAUCUAGCUGAUUACGAAGCAGUCGAUAAAAGGGGCUGUAUUUCUUCACUUCCUAACGCGUUGAAACCAGGCUCAGAAAGCUAAUUCACACAGCUUUUUGACGCUGCUCUCAGUAAACUCGUGUGUGGAAACUUAUCAUCACUUGAACUUAACAUACUGUAUCUGUGAUAUUUUUCGAAUACUUCAACUCGCAAAUGUCAGUAUUGGUGUAAGUGGUGGUUUAAUUGACGCAAUCCAAGUGGCGAUAAUUAUUAUUCUGUAAUUAAUGAAAGAUCCAUGAAGGCAAAUCGGUGAGACUGUUUGGCAUGUUACACAAUAUAAUUGAUGAUAAUGUAAUAAGGAAGAAUUUGUGAAAUGACCUUCACUUUGAACGUUAAAUGUAGCGAUAUGGUCAUCCAUCUGCCCGUGAUCUCGUUCAGCUUACAUUGUGCAUAUCUGCUUGGAUCGACAUCAAUAUGGAAUUUAUCGAAACGCCACUGCUCGUCAAUAUUUCGCUUCGAAAAAUUGCGAAUUACCCGCAUAGCAAUAGUGACGUAAUCCGCGAACACGUGAUAUACGCCUUCCUGUCUGCAGGUAAAGUUCAAUUAAUUUUUCGUAUAUAUUUGUUGCAUUCGCAAGUUCUCGCUAUGACACUGAAAUUUCUUUUACGACAAGCUAUGAUUGUUUAUGAGAGGCUUUUAAGAAGGUCUAAUGCUACUGUUUAUCUCAGCAUUGCUCUUCGUCUCGGCGUCUCUCUGGUCGGUUGCUUCAGCUCCGUACUGUUGACAUUUUAGUCCAUAUUCUCAAUUCACUUUCAUUGAUAAAAGUGGCUUAGGAACCACUUGAAUGGCUGAGAAGCCACUUUUAUACUUUUAUCGAUAAAAGUGAAUUGAGAAUGCCUUUAUCUCGAUAAUAUCUAUAUCGCGUUCUAAUCUCAUAACAUUUAUGCCGCUUUUAAUCUUAUCAAUGCAGUGUAAUCAAGCAAAUUUGCUCAGCACGUUCGACUUAAUAAAUUUUCAAAACAUUUGCAACCUUUUGAUACAAAAAAAGUGUUUUGACAACAAUAAACAUUCUGUAGUACAUCAGGUACGACUUCAAGAAGGAGAUAAAGUGUGUCUUUAUGAAUAUAAAAGUAUAGGUAAUAGAAAUGUUAAUUUCAGUUAAGCUGAAAAGAUAUAUAUUUUCCACAAUUAAGCUGAGAAAAUAUACAUUUGAAUUUUAUAGUACGAAGAAAUAUAUUUUAUACGAACACACAGUAUCAGUAUGUGGUGUAGGGGACAUGCUUUUCAUGUUAAUUGUAAUAUUUCAAUGAUUUAAGGCUCCUGUGUCCUCGCUUUGGUUGUUCUCAUUUGGUAACGUCAAAAGCGAGAAAUCGAAUGCGUUAUCGAAGAAAGACAAUCAUAGCGAAGACGAAAAAGCUUAAACCAAUUGGACAAGUUAAGAAAUAUCGCACACAUUUGUAAUAUACAUGUGUAUUUAGAAAUUCUCUGUAUAGACAUGUAUAUCCAGUAGCAGAUGAAAACAAAAAAAAUAUUCUAAUGUGAAAAGUAUGUUUAUAAGUUUUAUAUAGGCUUUUACAUACAUACAAAAAAACGAAUAUUGCUACUUAAUAAAUUAUAUAUA